GCCGUCUGCUACCAAGUGCGCCAUUGCCGAAGUAAAUCAACAUUCUUUAAUGACAUGGGAAGCCUGUAUAUAACAUGGUUGCAGAAGCAGUUGAUCACUAUCUAGAAAGCGACAACUGCAUGGCAGUUGAGAUGGCCUCUGUUUUUGUGGCAGAUGUCAGCACCACUAGCACCAUACCUGAUAAAAGCCAUGCUGCCAACAACAACAACAUUAUUAUAUACCACCCCUUUCACCAUUGCCAACAAGUCCAACGACAUCAUUGACACCACUACCGACGUCUAUGAAAAGACAGCCUGAUGGAGAUGGAACCAGUGAGGAUCCUGGGUAAAUCCUUCAACCUGGGUAAAGAUGUUCGGAUCCAGAAUGUCCCCAAUGCAUAAAACAUGAGCAUCAGAAGUUUGGUACAUCUACUGGACAUGCAGUGUGUGGAUCUGGGAAGAUGCUGCGCCUUGGUGAAAGUGUACGCCCAGAACUAUGUGUCUGACGUCAUCCCCUUAAACCAUUCGGCGGAUACGACCAAGGCUAGGAAGCGCAAGGCAUCCAUUCUGGACUAUUUUGAAACUGUGAACGAUGUUGCCCUUGGAGACAGUGGGUUCAAGGCCUCUCCCAAAAAUACUGUUGACAUGAAGACUCCGUCCAGGCAACCAGAGGAAGAGCAGUGCAAUAUUUCUGCACAUGUCAGCCUGCCAUAGACCUAGCCCUGUCCACUGAUGGGAAGGAGUCCUGUUAGCGUUUUGUAUACAUACAUUUUUAUGUAUAGGCAUUGAUGCGAGGUCACUUGAAUCAUCACAUGAUACUGGUGUUUUCAGACACUCCAUGUUCGAGGUGUCAGCAGAAUAAGUUACUUAGCCUGUAAAUGUCUGUCAACAAAUUCACAUGCUGACAAUGUAGAGGGGCAGGUCAUGGAAGCUGAGAGGCAAAUGAGGCAGGCGUUUCCGGAAUAGCAGCUGACACCGCCAACCUAUCUGUGAAGAUCUGAAGAGCUCUCCCUGGUCGAGGCUAUUGCAAGUGCACUGCAAUUGACAUUGGCUGAGGAACAAAUAUAUAUAUGUGUUUAGUCUUAGGAUGAUAUCUUCUGUACAGUUCUAAUGAUUUUGUUAGAAAUAAGUAUCUGAAUGUUCUUGGAAAUAACUGGAGUAAAGUACUUGACUAUUUUAUACUGAUUUUAAAGUGGUGUUUACCCACAAAAUUGGUAAAGAAAGUUUGGUUAUCAAUCUUGAGUAUACAUGUUUAAACGCAAAUAUGUCACAUAUAUCUGUCACAUAUCUGGCAUAUUAUCCAUCACAUAUCCAGCACAUUUCCGGCAUUUAUCCAUCACAUAUUCCAAACAUAUCCGGUAUAUAUCCAUCAUAUAUCCCACAUAUAUCCAGCACAUAUGUGGCAUAUAUCCAGCAUAUAUCCAUCCCAUAUCCAGCAUAUAUCCAUCACAUAUCCGGCAUAUAUCCUGCAUAUAUCCAUCACAUAUCCGGCAUAUAUCCUGCACAUAUCCAGCAUAUAUCCAUCACAAAUCCGGCAUAUAUCCAUCACAUAUCCGGCAUAUGUCCUGCACAUAUCCGGCAUAUAUCCAUCACAUAUCCGGCAUAUAUCCUGCACAUAUCUGGCAUAUAUUCAUCACAUAUCCGGCAUAUAUCCAGCACAUAUCCAUCACAUAUCCCACAUAUAUCCAGCAUAUAUCCAUCACAUAUCCGGCAUAUAUCCUGCACAUACCCGACAUAUAUCCAUCACAUAUCCGGCAUAUAUCCAGCACAUAUCCGGCAUAUAUCCAGCACAUAUCCGGCAUAUAUCCAUCACAUAUCAGGCAUAUAUCAAUCACAUAUCGGGCAUAUAUCCCGCACAUAUCCGGCAUAUAUCUCACACAUAUUUGGCAUAUAUCCAUCACAUAUCAGGCAUAUAUCCCGCACAUAUCCGGCAUAUAUCUCACACAUAUCUGGCAUAUAUCUCACACAUAUCUGGCAUAUAUCUCACACAUAUCUGGCAUAUAUUCAUCACAUGUCCAGCAUAUAUCUUACACAUAUCUGGCAUAUAUUCAUCACAUAUCGGGCAUAUAUCUUACACAUAUCUGGCAUAUAUCUCACACAUAUCCGGCAUAUAUCUUACACAUAUCCAGCAUAUAUCUUACACAUAUCUGGCAUAUAUUCAUCACAUAUCCAGCAUAUAUCUCCCACAUAUCUGGCAUAUAUCUCAUACAUAUCUGGCAUAUAUUCAUCACAUAUCCAGCAUAUAUCUCACACAUAUCUGGUAUAUAUUCAUCACCUAUCCGGCAUAUAUCUUACACAUACCUGGCAUAUAUUCAUCACAUAUCCGGCAUAUAUCUCACACAUAUCUCACACAUAUCUGGCAUAUAUUCAUCACCUAUCCGGCAUAUAUCUUACACACACCUGGCAUAUAUUCAUCACAUAUCCGGCAUAUAUCUCACACAUAUCUGGCAUAUAUCUCACACAUAUCUGGCAUAUAUCCAUCACAUAUCCAGCAUAUAUCUCGCACAUAUCUGGCAUAUAUCUUACACAUAUCUGGCAUAUAUCUUGCACAUAUCUGGCAUAUAUCCAUCACAUAUCCGGCAUAUAUCUCACACAUAUCUGGCAUAUAUCCAUCACAUAUCCAGCAUAUAUCUCGCACAUAUCUGGCAUAUAUCUUACACAUAUCUGGCAUAUAUACGGCACAUUGGUUUAUUUCCAGUCACAAUGCAGAGAGACCUUCCAAUUGACAUUCAACCUAGAGAUCUUCACUGGGACCGCCAGCAGUGACGUCAGUGUUUAUGACGUAUUUUGCCAGCAAUGGAAACCGUUAUAUGAAAUGAACAUUAACUGAUAUCACACACUCAUUUCGUUCAUUGACAUUCCAUAGGCUGUGUUAUUUUCUCUUCUGAUCAGUGUUAUUGUAAACUGUGGUGGUUAUUGUAAACUGUGGUUGUUUUGAAUUGUUUUGCAAUGAUUAAUAUUUACGUGUAUGUAUGUAUAAACAAGUCGCUGAGUAUUGCUAGCAAUACAACAGUUCCCCUCCAGUAAUCAUAACUUGGUACUAAUGAUGUGCAUAGUUUGCUAGCAAUACAACAGUUCCCCUCCAGUAAUCAUAACUUGGUACUAAUGAUGUGCAUAGUUUGCUUUUGGCCGGCCCAUAAAAACAACGUUUGAUAUACCUGGCUUGUGUACUUCUUGAGUUAUCACAGAACAAUUUUUCCCAGGCAAACGGAGACAUUCAAACUAUUUAAUCAUCAUGGAAACACAUGUCCAAAAUAAAAAAAUGACAUGCAUAAUCUCACUAUUCUCACAUAUUUCCUAUAACUAGCUUACAUACUCCGAAUUAUCAUGGGAUCCAUUGUUCUUGAUAGACUGAAAUAUAUUCACACUAUU